AUGUCACAUAAAAAUAUAGCCGAUCACAUUGUAAAUCUCAAGUUUGCAUCAAAGUAUCUGGUAUUACUGAAUUCUAAACAGGCGUACAUUAUGCUACCCACGAGGGCUUUCGUAGAUCUGAAAAUAAUGCACAGCAUGGACGCCCCAUGGUCAUUGCUAUGGUUAGUAACAUUGUCUCCUUUCUUAGACAGUUGUUUUGAGACUUGACAGAUUAUGCAUCAUGAAUAUUUAUGUUUACUAAAUUAGGAUAUUUGCGCUAUGCGUUUCGACGACCCACAAUCCACUAGAGAAUGGUUGACCUGUCAGCUAAGUGGGUUAUGAAAGUUACUGUCAAAACUGUAUCCAGCUUGUUCCACAUCAAGGAACUAAAAAAUAAGAGGUCAACAUGACUGGAAAGCAAAAGGGUAACGUGGUUGGUGAGCUGUGCCCUUACUGUGGGAGGACAUUCAAGAGGCUUAAAACUCAUCUUAAUCACUGCAAGAUGGCUCCCGCUGUUGCGUCCCCCAAAAGUGCAGACACCCUGAGUGAGGAUGCUCUCCUUAAGGCCGUGGUAGUCAAGAGUAAGAAGAAGACGACUGCAGCUGCAACAAGCCGAGACCAACUUUCUUCUUCCAGUCAGGGUAAAACUGAAUCUCUGUCUGAUUUGAAAACCAAAAAUAGAAAUAAAAAGUUAGUGAAACCAGCAGAACCUAUUACCUCAACUCCUCUCGCAUCUCCUCAAACUACCAACCCUGCAUCAGAUAGUCUAAGUGAAGACACGGGGCAAAUUAAAAGGAAAUGGCCAGGAAGGAGUAAACAGGAGACAGAGAAAGAGAAGCUGUCUGCUGUUUUGAUGGAAACGGGCAGAAUAUCAUUACCGAAAGCUACGGCUUUAGGAAAAAUCACACUGGCUGCGAAUGUCUUGAAGGGAUCAACCGGUGGAGGAGAGCAGAGAGAGGUCACCAAAGCUACCAAACUCAAAAACGCAGCCAAGUCAAAGGCUUCACUUCGCUUGCCAGUCGAGGAGAAUGGUCUUGCUGUUCCUCUCACUACAGCAAUGGCGUCUGUUCAGGAACGCACACAUAAAGCUCUGCAUAAACCUCACACAGAAAACGACCAGCACUUCAAUCCGUCCCACUUGAAACCCCAAAUUCAAACACAUUUCCAGGAAGAAGUGAAGGCAAGUUGGCAGGGCCGAGGCAAAGACCUGUUGAGUGUGAAAGUGCCAGACAGUGAUGUGUCAUACACCUACAAAGUGAAGACUAGUGUGUGGGAUCACAUUAAGGGUGGUCUACUGAGCAGGAAGUAUGGAGUGCCGAUGACUGCGUCCUUGGUGGGGACUAAACCACAGGUUGGCAAUGGAACCACAGCUCUCACGAUCAGUCUGCCUCAAUCUGUCAUGAAUCCUCAGAAGGCUGCGUCCUUGGAAGGCCCCUUCAUGAAGUGUGCAGACUCCUCAAAGCCCCCACAGGUCACCCUACUAGCGUCCCAAAGUGACGCCCUCAGCUCAAAUCCCCGGAGCCUGGAGUGGAUGUCCACUGUUACUGCAGGUUACCAUGGGAUGGAGGUGUACAGACCUCCAGGGAGGCUGGCCCAAGGGCACGAGCAGUACUGGAUGAAGCCUUCCCCCGCACCCUUGCCACCCACCCCUCUACCAGUGCCUGAGGUUUUAGGUGGGUCCAAGAGACCGCAAGGUCCAUCUUCAUCUUUGAACUCGGGGGGACAGGCCUUUAGCCUCAGUAUAGUCCCCCUUGCAGAGAGGAGAUUUGGUGACGUUACACUGAAUGAAUUGCUUCCCUGGCUUGCAGACCGAACACCACAGUCACCUAAAGAGGGGUUAGCCAUUUUGAAAAAUGGUUGGCAGUGGUAUUACAGACGGUAUAUUGACGUACGUAAGGGUGGUAUUGGAGGGGUCGGCAUGCUUAUUGCUGGCUACUGUGUCCUAAGCUACGUGUGGAGUUACCCACACCUAAGUGAGUUCUAUCAACUAUAUUAACUCUUCUCAGCAGUAAAUAAUAACGGUAUAAUAAUAAGACAAAUUUUAAAUUAAAUUAAAGAUAUAUGGGUCAUUCCGUGUCAAAUCAGACAAAAUCCAGGAAAAUGGUUGCUGCACCGUCUCAGAUUUUUCUCAAAGUUUGUCUACCUCAUAUUUACGUCCCAAAACUAAGACCUGUAAAAUAUUUUUGUUAAAUUACAAUGUUUUCAUACAU